AGCACUGAGCAGGGUGAAGGGAGCAUGGAACGAGGAAUCAAAGGAGGAAGAUGGCGACCGUGGAGCGUGGAAAAAAGGAGGAAUGAUGAAGGCAGCGAUCAUGUUGAAAAAGGAGCUUCAUCGUCUUAAUUACUCAUACCGGGCAGCCAUGAAAGCUAAUCACACCACCCACCGACUCCCCCGGGUCCCGCCUCUGCUAAAAGCUUCUCCUCAAAGCUUCUUUCCUACUUCGAUCCUCCCAUCACCCCAUUUCCCGAUCUCCUCUCACUCCCUCCUCUCCUCACCAAAUCAUGCCCAUUGCCAGCUCCAACCACCACCUACCGCCGCCUUCUCCCAUCCCCAGGGCCAGAGGCUCUCGCUCCGCCGCCAAUGACCGCCUCAGCGGCUACCUCGACAAGACGCCCCAUUGUCCGGAGCUGACCCUCCCGGCGUCUCACUUCCCGGCAAUCUCGCACAUGCUGGUGCCGGCGGAGAUAGAGUACCGAUCGCUGUCAGCCAGGAUGGAUGCGGUGGUGAGAUCGGCCAAGGAGUUCGGUGCAUUCAGGAUAAGAGGUCACGGGAUAACGGUGCGGGAAUUGGGGAAAAUGGAGGAAGAAGCCCAAGACGCGGCUGCUUGGAAUGCCGGGGAUGUCAUCCCCUGCGUUCGUUGUCGCAAGGGUACAUUGCAGUUCAUCGCUUCCAAGUCUUUCGGCCUUCAUUCCUAUCCCAACUUUUGGAUUUCUAUGGGGAGAGUGGCAAGUAGACUGGAUAGCAUAGUGGAGCAAGUGAGUGGGGCUCUAAAAGAGUUGGAGCAGCGGAUUCAAGACACAGAGUCGGUGAUUAGCUUGUGCAGGCAUCCCCAUGGCGACGUGGAUGAAACAGACGAGAGAUGGUGCGAUUAUGCUCUUCGUUUCUACCUUCCCUUGCAGCAAUGUAUAUUCUAUAUUCAAUCCGGACGAGGUCCCUUAUCAUUUGAUGCCGGUCCUGACACUAUCGUCGUCACCGUUGGCAAACAACUCCAGGAGUGGAGCCACGGGGGAUUUAAGAGUGUUGCAGCUGAAAUGAUAUUCAUGUCAGGUUUCCAGAGUAAGCAGGCCUCUCUAUCCGUAGAGCUUAAGUUGUUCCGCAGCUUGAAGACUUCUCACAAGAUACUCUCCUUAUGUGAUCAGAUCCUAAUUCUACUAGCCCUUACAUUUUUAUGCAAUUUCUUGUCACUUCUCUUUUCUUAUUGA